AGCUCUAAGUUUAUCAGUUGCUUUUGCAGAACUUGUGGAUAGAUUUAGGAGUCUGUUCAUUGGCUUUCUAUGUUUAUUUUAUGUUAUUUAAUGCUUAAAAACGCAAGAUUUUUCGAAGUUUUGCUACAUUGAGCAUAGGAUCUUAGCAGGUCGAUGACCUUAUUCGGAUCGGCAUGGAAACGGUUUGUCCAAUGAGGUAGUUUUCUUAAUUAGAACCAGCCAAUAAGAGCUCGGCAAUUCGAAAUCGUUCUUAUUCAUGUGCUUUUGUGCGAUUACUCAAGCGUGACGAUCAACGUUCCAUCCAGCUGAAAACUUGCUGCACUGCAAACAAAUGCAGCACAAAAAUUAACCACAAGGAUCACAGAAAAAACAUUCUUAUAAACCUACUGCACCGACGAACACCACACCAUGUUUAGCCCAUACCAAAACAACAUUUACGAAUUAGAUACUUUGACCGCACAGGAAGUUGACUACGAGUUGAAUUAUAACAAUUUUAGCGCGAAUUUCAAUUAUGGAGAAAUGCUCACUCAGGAUGCAGUGCUCAUGGACCAAAACAGAACAGCGAUGAAAAUGAAAUCGGAUAACGCAAGUACGAAAGAUCUAAAUGGAUUGCAAUGGCUGCAGAAUACAUCUUUGCCUGUUGAUCACACUGGAAGUAGGACUGUGCAGUUGAUGGUUGAUCCGAACACCAAUUUGCCAGUACAGUAUACAACCCGGCCUAUGCAGAUGGCGAUGCAUCAUCCUAUAUAUCCUAGAGCUGAUCUUACUUUGCACGAUGUGACUGGCCUGACUUCACCUAAAUUGCAAAUCAAACCUGGAAAAGAGAACGGAAAUCCAGAACAGAAAACAUACCCUAAGCCAGUUUUUAGUUACUCUUGCCUCAUUGCAAUGGCCUUAAAUAACAGUGAUUCUGGAAGUCUACCAGUCAGCGAAAUCUACAAGUAUAUGCAAGGAAAGUUUCCAUACUUCAAAACUGCUCCUGAUGGUUGGAAGAAUUCUGUUAGACAUAAUCUAUCACUGAAUAAGGCAUUUUGCAAGCUAGAAAGACCAGACGGAACUUCGCAGAGGAAAGGGUGUUUAUGGUCGCUGCGACCGGAGAAGCAAGAAGCUUUGGAAAGAGAGAUCCGGAAAUGGAAAAAGAAGCACCCGGAGGCGAUCAAAGCUGCAAUGGCCCAUCCAGAGGAUCUAAGCAUCUCUAGUGAUUCAAUGGAUGACUCCAUGGACACAACCAACAACACGCCAGAGCACACUGUACCCGAGGUGACAAAUAUCCAAUUAGAGCCACAGCUUAGCUCAGAGCCACAAAUCCAAUCCCAGCAGUCAAGUAGCAACGAAGACGCUGAUUUAGCAGCUGCUGAUGCUGCGAAGGAGCUGUUCGGAAGCGAUUUAUUCCAUGACGUGCACGCCGAAGAAUUCUGGAACGACCUUCUGUCUACCAACACGAGUGAGCACAAUCUAAAUUUUUUUGAUAAUGUCCAUGAUUCAAGGCCUGAUGUCUCAACUGUGGAGCUGGACAGUUCUUUGAAGUUAGAGUCAACCACACAAGGGUAUUACUUCCAACCAAGCGCGCAGGCAGCGCAAAGCACGAUAGCUGGCUUGUAGGUUGGCCUCCUUGUACUGCGCUUUGGCAAUGAGCUGUGGCAUUGCACUUUGGCAUUGCACUUUGGCAUUGCGCUUAGGCAUGCAGCUUUGUUGAAGGACGCGAUGAGCUUUGCGUGCGCUUUAUGCUUGGAUUUGUGACUAAAGCCCGGCUGCUUUUAAAUUUUUAUCUAGGAGGGGAAGCGAUGUUUUUAUGAAAACAGGAUUUUUUAGGAAAGCGAGCUUUUAACCACUAGGCAUUUAUGAAUAAAAUGUGACGUCUUGUAAUUGAAGGCAUUUUUAAAGCCAUGACUCACUCGCGACUCCUGAGUAAUAUAACUAUCGGGGAGAACUUCACGAUCUACAGUUAUCGGUGCAAUAGGUCAUUUGUCCACGGGACCAAACAUUUUAGUGCCUGUUUUGAAAUAUAUUCUCUGUGUAUCCUGUUUAAAAUUUUGCAAGGAAAAUGCUGAACAUAACCUAAACCGUUUGUAUUAGUUUGGAACUAGGACGUAAACUGAGGUUCCCCUUUCCCUUCCCCCCCCCAAUCUCUCCCCUGAUCCAGUGAGCCUGGGACAUUAAGAUGAGGCGAUAUAGCUGUCCCCGUCAUUCGAAAACAAGCUUACGUCACUAUCGAUUUCAAAUUCAGAAAUAAAUGAUAAUAUAUUCGACUAUCAUUGUUACAAUUUUUGAUAGAUUUAACAAUAUUUUAUAGUUGUAAAAAUUUUGUCCAGGAUCUUAUAUUAACUUUGUAGAUAUGACAGUACUUUGCUGUGUAUAUUUCGUCUGUAAGAUAUUCGUCGACAGCUAUGUGUAUAGGUAUUUUGUUAGAAGCUUAACGCACUCCAUAGUGAAAUUUUCUUUAAGUAGCAUUAGUCGUCUAACUAUUUACUGAAAAUGAUUCAGGAAAUGCAAUUUUACAAAUCUUGCACAAAUCUUGCAAAAAGAUUGAUUCAUUUUCAGGUAAAUAGCUAUGUAAAACGACAAGAUAUCGUUUGAAAUGAAAAAUGCAAUGUCGAAUACAAUCGAUCGUUAAUCAUAAAAGCAUUUCUUAUUUCCUUCAGCAAUAAAAUUGCAACAAGUUGCCAAAAUUGCGAUGUUUCUUCCGAACUUGAGUUUAAAUUUCAGUCAAAAUGUUACUUUUUUCCUUGCGCAAGGUUUAAUUUUUGUAAAACUGUCGCAUCUGAUUGUCGAUUGUUUUACUUGGAAGAAGCUUUGUUUCAUGUUUGCACGGUUUUUGCUGCUGUUUCUGUAAUCAUUACGAAAAUUCUACAAUCCUUUUUAACUCGUUCGAGUCCCAUUAAAUUCUAUUUUUGUGUAAACAAACCAACAAUACAUCAAUGAAAUAUUAUACUAUAGAGGAAUAAUUCUUUUAUCAAAUUGAUUUGACAUUGUAAACUGAUAGAAUAUAAAUGUACAUAUUUUCUUUGUUUUUAAUAAUAACUGAAAGGGUGUUUUUGGAAAUCCUGCAGGUUGUUCCAAAACAGAAAGAGUUGUUCCAAGACACCCUUUGUUUUAUUGUAUGUAGUGUAUAACUCUGCACAUUUUUAGAACAUGUUUUCCUAUUUAUGAAGAGAUAUGUCGCUGGCUUUGCUAAAUGAUGGUUGCUUGAACAAAUGCCUGUACCCACACAUGAGCGAUAUAUAAAACAAACACUGCACCUAUUUAUUAAAACCUGUGCAGUUUAAAAUUUGCUUGAAAGUUAUUUCCAAGCUUGAAAACGUACUCAGCUUUAGAAAAGCUAAAUAAUAGGGCAUUUUAUCAGUACUAUUCGUUUUAAUUUAUUUUCUGAAUCGUCUUGGCAAAUAACAUACAUAUUUGUUAUGUAUCUGAACGUUUUUGAAAAACUUGGCUAGAUUUUCUUAUAAAAAGCGAUACAAUUUCCCUCUAAAUUGCUGAUAUUCUACAACCAAGUUAUUUCAGUCUCACCAAAAAAGAAUAAUUGACGUUUUGAGUUCUGAGAUAAUUUUCAAAUGACUGUAGCAUGUUACAGUUUCAUUAAGAAUGAUACACCAAGCGAACUAUUUGGCAAAGACAGCGAUAAUACUUUUCAUUGUGCAUUUCAUAAUUGUAUAUAUGUAAGUUCUAUUGUUAUAACUUCUUAGAAUAUCAUAAUAAUUCUGAAAAAUUAGUAAGGGUUUGCUUUUAGAGAUGAUUUUUGAAUUCUCAA